GUUGGAGUCAGAUCAGCCCUGUAAUGGUCUCUGGUUAUCAGCUGCUGUUCGCCUCCUUUAAGUGGCAAUGUUACCUUAUAACCAUGUUCCAGCCUGGGCCAAUAGAGGGGCUGCAGCAAUGGUAACGCUGUGGCCAAGCUGCUAGCUUCAGCCUAUUUACAGCAAAGCGCUGGGACAGCCGCCCCUUUAGCACCUAGGUCUAAAUCUGACCAGCUCUGCCUGCCAGGAGGGGAAAAAAAGCAUCUGCCCUACUUAAAACAAACAAACAAAAAAUCACCACUAGGAGUGGAUUAUUUUUAUUGGCUGGAAUCAAGAAAGGGGGGGGGGGGAUUGGACCUUGACAACAACAUCACCUUUAAUCAUAAUACAAUUAUUUCUCUGGAGAGAUGAAGAAGUUUUUUGACUCUCGUCGAGAGCAGGGCGGUUCUGGCCCUGGUUCUGGUACCAGUGGAGGAAGUGGCAGUAAUACAGUGGCAGGGAGUGGGUACAUUGGUAGGGUGUUCCAUAUUGGGAGAUACCAGGUGACGGUGGAUGAAGUGCUGGCUGAAGGUGGAUUUGCUAUUGUGUUUCUGGUGAGGACUAACAAUGGGAUGAAAUGUGCCCUGAAACGAAUGUACGUCAACAAUGAGCACGAUUUGCAAGUCUGCAAAAGAGAGAUUCAGAUCAUGAGGGAUCUAUCUGGACACAAGAACAUUGUUGGAUACAUUGAUUCUAGUAUAAACUCAGUGAGCAGUGGUGACGUGUGGGAAGUCUUGAUUCUAAUGGACUUUUGCAGAGGAGGUCAGGUGGUGAACCUGAUGAACCAACGCCUGCAGACGGGAUUCACAGAGAAUGAAGUCUUGCAGAUCUUUUGUGAUACCUGUGAAGCCGUAGCAAGGUUGCACCAAUGUAAAACGCCUAUAAUCCACAGGGAUCUGAAGGUUGAAAAUAUCCUGCUACAUGAUCGUGGCCAUUAUGUCCUGUGUGAUUUUGGAAGUGCCACCAACAAAUUCCAGAACCCUCAAACUGAAGGAGUGAAUGCAGUAGAAGAGGAGAUCAAGAAGUACACCACAUUAUCCUAUAGAGCACCAGAAAUGGUCAACCUGUAUAGCGGCAAACUUAUUACUACAAAAGCAGAUAUAUGGGCCCUCGGUUGUUUACUGUACAAAUUGUGUUACUUUACUUUACCAUUUGGGGAGAGUCAGGUGGCAAUUUGUGAUGGAAACUUCACCAUUCCGGACAACUCUCGCUACUCCCAAGACAUGCACUGUCUCAUACGAUAUAUGCUUGAACCAGAUCCCGACAAGAGACCUGAUAUUUACCAGGUCUCCUACUUUGCAUUCAAGUUAACAAAGAGGGAGUGCCCCAUCCCAAAUGUACAGAAUUCUCCAAUCCCUGCUAAGCUCCCGGAACCAGUGAAAGCUAGUGAAGCAGCUGCAAAAAAGAGCCAGCCAAAAGCCAGGCUGACUGAUCCCAUUCCUCCAAUGGAAACCUCAAUAGCUCCACGUCAGAGACCCAAAGCAGGACAGACACAACCCAACCCUGGAAUUCUGCCUAUUCAGCCAGCCCUCACCCCUAGAAAGAGGCCCACGGCCCAAGCAGCCAUCCAGCCACAAGUUGCAGGCCCUGCUGCUUUGGGUGGUGGCCAGCCCUCACUUCCUGCAAGCGUUCAGCAGCCCAAAGCGCCACCUCCGCAAACUCAACCACAGCCUGCCCCUCAGCCCCAGCCCAAGCAACCGCCCGCUCCUCAGCAGACCCCAGUAGCCCAGCCGCCAGUCCCUUCUACUCAGCCGCAGGCCACGCCUCAGCAUCAGCAGCAGCUCUUCCUGAAGCAGCAGCUACUGCAGCAGCAACAACAGAUGAUGCAAGCUCAGCAGUUCCAAGCGAUGCAGCAGCCAGCCAUGUCGCAGUUUCAAGUGAUCCAGCAGGGAGCGCCGGCUCAGCAGCAACUGAUGCAGAACUAUUACCAGCAGCAGCUGAUCGCGCAGCAGGCAGCCAUGCAACAGAAGACAGCAGUAGUGGCGGCUCAGCCAAAGCAACAGGCUCCAGGGCCGCAGCAGCCACAGGCUGCAGUCCAGCCAGCACCUGUGCAGGAGCAAGUGAAGCAGGCCCCAAUAAGGCAACAGCAAAAGCCUCAAACGACACCGCCUUCAGCUGUUCAGGGGCAAAAGCUGGGCUCCCUCACCCCUCCGUCCUCCCCCAAGACGCAGCGCGCGGGACACAGGAGGAUUCUGAGUGACGUGACGCACAGCGCAGUUUUCGGGGUCCCGGUCAGCAAAUCUACCCAGCUCCUGCAGGCGGCUGCUGCCGAGGCCAGUCUCAACAAGUCCAAGUCUGCAUCCACGACACCGUCUGGCUCCCCUAGGACCUCACAGCAGAACGUCUAUAAUCCACCGGAUGUCUCCACGUGGAACCCGUUCGAUGACGAUAACUUCUCCAAACUCACAGCGGAGGAGCUGCUGAACAAGGACUUUGCAAAACUGAGCGACGGUAAACCUCCAGAGAAGCUUGGCAGCUCCACAGAGAACUUGAUUCCAGGCUUUCAACCAGCUCCCUCUACAACACAGGCAGAUGCUUUUGGUUCUUCUUCCUUUACAGCUGCAUCAGCUGAAAAAACAAAAGACAUCCUGAGUCUGGACACUAGCCCUCCGCUUCUGGCUGUGCCUGAUCCUUUCAUUCCUCUUCCGUUAUCCGACACACCAGAAAAACUGAUUGAGGGUCUCAAAUCUCCCGAGACUGCGCUUCUGCUCCCUGAUAUCCUGCCUCUAGCUGACCCCUUCGGUUGCACCUCUGAUGCUGUGAAUGGAAAAGACGAUAUACCUGUUGAGAGUCUCAUACCUGGCCUGGAGGCUCCACUGCCCCAGCAGCUCGCUUCCCAGACCGACUCAGUUGCUUCUAACAGAACAGACUCUCUCACUGGGGAAGAUUCUCUACUUGACUGCUCUCUGCUUUCUAACCCCGCUGCUGACCUCUUGGACGAGUUUGCUCCUAUAGCUAUUUCAGCUCAAGUUCACAAAGAAGAUACUAAUCUGAUAUCAGGCUUUGAUGUUCCUGAGGGCUCUGAAAAGGUGGCAGAAGAUGAGUUUGACCCUAUCCCAGUGUUGAUAUCCAAAAAUUCACAAGGUUUGCAGAGGGAACAAGUUGUAUAUUCUGUCCUAACCACUGAGCACAGUAAACUGCCUGCUGCUACCGAUGAACUUCCUCUGUACAAAGGCCAGCCUGAGAUGCUUGAAGUGAAUACUCAGCACAAUUCAGAAUCCGAUUACUUUGCAAGAGAUGGGCCUUCAAGCAACAGUUCUUUCCACAGCAGUGAGGGGGAGGGGACAGACCAUGAGGUGGACAUCUUGGAUUGUAGUGGGUCCAGGCCUUUACUUAUGGACUCAGAAGAAGAAGAGGAGUCCAGUAAGUUGCAAUCGACACUCCAGGAAAGAUUUGUGGCUUCCAAAGAAGAUUCCAAGCCCCAGCCUUCCCAGAGGGGCAUGGGGAAAGCUCUGUUUACAGCCUUUCAGCAGCACUCCGGAGAGAUUUUCAAUGAGCCAGAUGUCUUUGCCACGGCUCCUUUCCGAAGCUCAAGAAUAGUGCAUGAUGAGUUGGACAUCUUUACCAAAGCUCCCUUCAUCUCCAAGAACAAUGUUCCUGUCAGGCAGCCAGAAGAGGCAGAUGUAUUCCUAAGUGCCCCUUUCACAAAAAAGAAAAGCUUGGAAGAGUUGACGUCUCAUAACAACAUUUCUAAGGAGCCUCACUCUCCAGCCUCUUUCCUAGGUCAAACUGGUGAUGUCCAACAUGUAGAUAACUCCAAGUUCCAAAACUUGGAUACAGGAACAUGCGGAUUGUCUGUCUCAUCUAGAGCUCAAUACUCCGUGGUAGGGUUUAUUCAGUCAGCCAACCUUCCGUCUCAUUCCAUAAGACCAGUGGAGACCCAAGAAGGCAUUUCUCCCAAAGCUACAUUUAAAGAUCUUGGUGGCAUUCCUAAUGAUAAAAACCAAGGACAUGCACUCUCCCAAGAAGCCGUCUUGGGUUCAAUGGUUAGUAAGCCUUUCCGUCCACAGUCCCUAUCAAAGUAUUCCCGUCACUACAGUCCGGAAGAUGGGCAGGGUCUGGAAGUCCAACCCAUAGCAGCAUACAAAGUGGUUUCUCAGACCAACAAACAGGCUAUCGCAGGAUCUGUCUCUAUUGCUUCUCUGUCUUCCAGGACUAAAGAGCUACCCAGUGUUGACCCAUUUGCUUCAGCACCCUUUCCUUCCAAAUCAGGAAAGCAAAAGCCUUAAACAGUCUGAGAGAAAUGGGGGAUGUGCAUUUCUCACAGGACCUUCAAUCUCUUAGUUGAAACAAGCAACCAUAGCAAUAUAUAUUUUUGUUCAAAACUCCAGUUGCGGUGAUAUUUAGUUGAACCAUUUUAAGUUAUGUUAGAUAGUUUCAGGAUAUUGAAUUCCAGGCUCUAGAGGUUUUUCCCAUCCUUUGUUUAGUUUCUAUUUUUCCCCAAUACUUUUUAGAUUCUUAUUUAAACCAGUAAUAUUCCAUAUUUUCUGGCUUCAGUGUGGGGAAAUCCAUUGGGGAUAAAAUGAAUUAUCAUUAAUACUAGCAUACAGUUAAGAUGCCAGAGCAGAUCAAUCAGGACAAGCUAAUGCUCUGGAGAAGAACUGAGUUUGAAGUAGAAAGGUUGUCAUGAUUUUUUUUUUUUCUUACCAAGGGGAAUUCUGGAAGAGACCAAAGGACAACUCUUCCCAACUGUUAAUCAAUGUCAUCACAAAGCCAGGAGCUGUAGAUUGGCAACUUGAUGAACUGUGUGUGUGUGUGUGUGUGUGUGUGUGUGUAUAGAUCAUAUGCACGUGGAGUAAAAUUGACACGUGCCACUAGUCCUACCAAGAGACCUACACACCAUGGAAGUCCUGUUUUAAGUUAUUGCAUAGGCCUUGUGUUGGCCUUCUUGCCUAUAAGAAGUUUUCACUCAUUGCAGAUGUAAUAGGCAAUUUUCACUGCCUGCAGGUGUAAUACAUGAAAAUGUAUAUCUUUCUUUGGGCCUGAUCCAAAACCGGUUGAAGUCAAUGGAAAGACUUCAAUGAGCUUUGGAUCAGCUCUUUGCUUUGCUGAUACUUCCAUACAUACGUACCUAGGACCUGAUCACAAUCUUUCAGACACAUUCUUCCUGUCACAUUUGGCUACACUCUAGAAAUGCCAUGAUCCUACUGUGUUACUAAGGAAAAGGACAGUUGCUUAAUAUUUAUAAUAUAAUUUAAAAUGUUAGUGUAUCACACUUGAGUUUAGAGGAAAAUGUAGUUGUUUAGUGUGGAAGUUAAUUGCGAUAUUUGUCAUAUUUGUUACUGUUGGUGGCUGAGCAGGGGUACAGCUGACCUCCUUAGGAAUUGUUAGUCUGCCCCCAUGUCUUUUUGCAAAGGAAGGAAAAAGGCAAGUAUCCUUGAUUAAUAAGCAUCCAUAUUUAAUGGCAAGUACCAGAUAGCAAAACAGUUCCUGCCAAAUCCGUUGUUUUUCAAGCUAUUUCACCCCAGAAAACGCUUCUAAACAUCAGACUAUAGGGAUGCUUUUGGCGGCUGACCAUUAAUAGUGCUGUCCUUUUUUUAAAAUGUCAUCUGGCAUAUCCAGAGAAGCCACUCUCCUAGUGAACAUCCUAGAAGAGGGCGAUCUCGGGAAGGUCUCCAUGAUAGUCUCAUUUUCUAAGGACCUGAUCCAAUGCCUAUUUGAAGUCAAUGGAGACAGUCCCAUUGAUGUCAGUAGUCUCUGGAGCCGGCUCUUAAAAGCAUAGCUCUGACUUUGUUCCCAAUUUAAUUUGACAACUUAAUAAUAAAUGGCCUAGAGCUUUGCACUGAAAACGAAGAGAAAAUUCUGCCCUUGGUUACACUCGCAACAUCUCCUUGAAUUCUCUGGGCUUAGGGCAGGGUUGGUUUGCCGAGGUUUUAAAAGUUUGUAAAUAGAUCGUGUGGGACUGGUGUUAGGUUCUGCCAUCUUACAAGAUGGGCACGUGCUCCUAGAAACUGUUGUCUUUUAGCUUUAUUGAACGGAGUAUGUAGCGGGGGUUCUCCUCUCUCACUGGUGUCAAUCAGGGUAUGACUUGUAAAUUCAGCAGUCUCUCACGAGUGUAAAGCUGGUGUAACUGAGUGUAGAAUCCGGUCCAGUCACGUAAACAUGAGACUUUCCAGUCUCACCGGAAACUGCUUUGCAAAAACUCAGACCUAUGACGUUGAGCUCCCAGGUGCCCAAAUAACUGCUCAAGGAACAUAGAAUGCACAUUGAAACUACAUAUGAGCAGAUCUUUGCUAUGCAAAGCAAAACAUUUAGUCCUACAGCUCACUGUUAACAUCACAGCCAGAGAGAGCGAAUUAGAACAAACUUCUCUGCCACCAAAUGGGAGAGGAUUAAUGAAACACUGUUCCUCUUCCCCUGCCCAACCCAUACUGCAGUCAGAGUGACACGAUCCACAUUUUGCUGGUGGACUUGUGCAGCUCUGACUUUAGCAGGGCUGUACGAAUGUAACCAAGAGUAAAGAACUUGACCUUAUGUGUUUAAUACCUCAGGUAGGGGAGGGAAGAAUACUUGAAAAUAAGGAGCAUAGAUUGCUGGCCAUUGGUGACAUGGUUAGCCUAGCUCAGGUUAAGUAGAACUUUUUUUUUUUAAAGGUGGGCAACUUCCUGCUGCUUGUCCGUUAUGUUUCAAGUUAGAUUUUGUAGCUCUGUGGUGGUAGCGGACCCUGUCAGCCAUCCUAGAAAAUGGAAGUACUGUAGGCCCGUUUCUGAGUUUCUUGGAAAUAACAUUUUUUCCCAACUAAACUGAGGAUAUAGUUUGUGUGUGGGUGGCUUGGUUGGUUGAUUUUUAAAAACAAAAAAAUAACUUCUCAAAUGCGUUACUGCUGGAAUAGAUGAAUGUGGAAUGCCUGGAACAUCUGCGAUGUCAAACUGUGAAAUACAAGGCAUACAGAUGAGUAGGGGCGGCUCUAGGAAUCUGGCCGCCCCAAGCACGACGGCAUGCCGCAGGGGGCACGCUGCCGGUCACCGGUCCCGUGGGACCUCUUGCAGACAUGCCU